CUUUAAAGGGGCUUUAUGGCCAUUAAUGGACAGGCUUUAAUGGCCAUUUUAUCCAAGUGAUCUCCUCAAAAUUGAGAGCCUGCAUGCUACAUUCCUGAACAGAAACUUUAACACACAGAAACUCAGUUAUGCUGCUCGAAAUUUCCCAGUUGAGUCUUAGUGAAAGAGAAAAGGGCUAAAGCCUGCACACUUUACAGCUCCAUCCACAAACUUUACCACAAGCAAUGAGUGACCCUCAGGACGGCAGUGAUGUCACUUCUACGUCAGGCUUGAUUAGACAUAUGCCUGUUGCAGUGCACCCUCCUCCCCAGCAAUGUGAUGAUGAUGAUGAAGAAGAGGAUUUGAAUAAGACACUGGGAGUGCAGUGUUUCCAGCAGAUUCUUACCAUUCCUCAGCGCGUGCCCAACGAACAACACCGCAACUUUAACGAGGAGGACUUUGAGUACCACCGUCACACCUCUCUACACAUUCACCACCCUCUGUCUAUACACCUCCCUAACGAGGGCCGGAGGAAAAAGGUUGGGAGGAAGUGGAAGGACUCAGGACGGAGGAGAAGUGCAUCCACAGGUGCGGCCCCCCCUAUAGAUGAAGAUGAUGAGGAUGAAGAUGAGGAUGACGAUCCCUGCAGCCAGCAGGAUAGAGAGGGCAUUGCCACCACCACACCUACACCAGACACGGAUACAGAAGUUCACAUUGAGGGGGCACAGUUUUUUUUAUCUGAAGAUGACCCUGCCUCCAGUGUAAAAAAGAAUGGUAGUGCCUCACCACAUCGAAAGGUUUCAAUAAUAGCCAAUUCAGCACCUCACACCAGUAUCAACAUCCCAGAAGAUGCUACAUUAACCGAGGGCAGAAAAUCAGUACGUAAGCUUCCCAGAGGUAGAAGAGUGUCUGCUCCUUGUUUGUUUCCGGUGAGUUCGCCGGACGGCAGCUCUAAACCAGUGCGUAGCUAUGACCUGCAGGAACGCCGUUGCAUGGGCAACAUGACGGGCAUUGGGCUGGCACACUACCACAUGCCCACUGAUGAGAGUGAAGCAAAGACACUCACUACUGUUGACCUUGAUGGCAUUAAGAGUCACAGGUUCGAAGAUGUCCCUGGUGUGCGGAGACACCUGGUCACAAAGAGUGCUAAAGGUCAGGUGGUUCACAUUGGCAAGGACCACAAAGAGCUCAGCAGCCGCAGUCGGACUAAGCUGGAUCGGACCCCACAUGAGAGGAGAUCGUGGCCCUGUUACAUGGACCACAGGGUUCGUCAGGCCCGACAGCCGAAGGUGUUUGUGGAGUUAAAUGAGCUGCUGAUGGACAAGAACCAGGAGAUGCAGUGGAGGGAAACGGCUCGCUGGAUCAAGUUUGAGGAGGACGUGGAGGAAGAGACAGACUGCUGGGGGAAACCUCAUGUAGCUUCGCUCUCAUUCCGUAGCCUGCUGGAACUCCGCAAAACCAUUUCACAUGGUGCAGUGUUGUUGGAUCUGGACCAGAAGACACUGCCUGGUAUUGCUCAUCAAGUUGUGGAGCAGAUGAUUAUAUCAGAUCAGAUCAGAGCAAAGGACAGAGCCAACGUGCUACGAGCCCUGCUCCUCAAACACAGUCACCCGAGUGAUGGCAAGGAGCACAGCUUGUUUAACCGGAACAUCUCGGCAACCAGCCUUGCUUCUCUAAUAUCUCAUCACCAUAGCAAUAACCAUAUUGCUGCACCAGAGCCCCCUGCCACAGACCCACUCAUCGGAGGACUACUUAACUUUAAUUCACGCAGUAGUGUGGAUUUAGAUAAGAAUGAGAAAGAUAUACCCCAGUUUUUUAGUUUGCACAAGUCUAAAUCUAAGCUGCUUGAGAAGAUUCCUGAGAAUGCAGAAGCUACUGUUGUCCUUGUGGGUAGUGUGGAUUUCCUGGACCAGCCAACCAUGGCAUUUGUGAGACUGCAAGAAGCAGUUCUGUUAGAGUCAGUUCUAGAAGUGCCCAUCCCAGUGCGCUUUCUUUUUGUGCUCCUUGGCCCUCCCAGUGCCAACAUUGAUUACCACCAGAUCGGCCGCUCCAUAUCCACGCUCAUGUCUGAUAAACACUUCCAUGAGGCAGCAUAUUUGGCGGAUGAAAGGCAGGACCUGCUGACAGCCAUCAACAGUUUCCUGGACUGCAGUAUUGUGCUUCCUCCAUCCGAGGUGGGCAGAGAUGAGCUGCUGCACUCUGUUGCUCGCUUCCAGAGGGAAAUGCUGCACAAGAGACAUGAACAAGAGGUCAAACUACAGGUCAAGGAGCCCAAGAGCUCAGAGGAUAUGGCUCUUCAUCCUCCCUUUAAAGCCGAAGACGAUCCUCUUCAGAGAACGGGUCAGCUGUUUGGUGGGGUUAUCCGAGAUGCACGGCGCCGCUACCCUAAAUACAUCAGUGAUUUUACGGAUGUCCUAAGCCCUCAAUGCAUGGCUGCUGUCAUAUUCAUUUACUUUGCUGCCCUUUCUCCUGCCGUAACCUUUGGAGGACUAUUGGGUGAGAAGACAGGUGGUUUGAUAGGUGUAUCAGAGCUGAUUAUUGCCACUGCCAUGCAGGGAAUGUUGUUCUGCCUGCUUGGAGCUCAACCUCUGCUGGUGGUUGGCUUCUCUGGGCCCCUUCUAGUAUUUGAAGAAUCCUUUUAUUCAUUCUGCAAGGCCAACGAAAUAGAGUAUCUGACAGGCCGUGUGUGGAUUGGAAUCUGGUUGAUUGUCAUUGUUGUUCUAAUGGUGGCCUUUGAAGGAAGCUUCCUGGUGCGAUAUGUGUCACGCUUCACCCAGGAGAUCUUCUCCUUCCUCAUCUCUCUCAUCUUCAUCUACGAGACCUUCUUCAAGCUGGGCAAAAUCUUCAUGGAUCAUCCUCUGAGGAGCUGCUAUGGAAAAGAAGAAAAUGACACUGCUUUAGCAUCACCCAGUGGUGACACAAGAUCUUCAGAUGCCUCUCAAACCCUAAACCAGCCAAACACAGCUCUCCUCUCCCUUGUGCUCAUGUCAGGAACUUUCUUUAUUGCCUUCUAUCUGCGUAAAUUCAAGAACAGUGCUUUCUUUCCUGGCAGGAUCCGAAGGAUUAUUGGAGAUUUCGGAGUUCCUAUAGCAAUCUCCAUCAUGGUUCUGUUGGACUACAGCAUUAAGGACACUUAUACACAGAAAUUAAAUGUGCCAGAUGGCUUCUCUGUGACCAGCCCGGACAAGCGUGGUUGGUUUAUACACCCACUGGGCUCUGAUGGCCAGUUCCCCAUCUGGAUGAUGGUGGCUAGUAUUUUACCUGCCCUGCUUGUCUACAUCCUCAUUUUCAUGGAGACUCAGAUCACCACUCUUAUUGUAAGUAAGAAGGACAGGAUGCUGGUUAAGGGUUCAGGGUUUCACUUGGACCUGUUGAUCAUCGUGAUGGCAGGUGGGAUUUCAGCAAUGUUUGGACUGCCAUGGUUGACCGGUGCUACUGUCCGUUCUGUAACCCACGCAAAUAGUCUUACAGUGAUGAGCAAAGCUGUUGCCCCUGGUGACAAACCACGUAUUCAGGAAGUAAAAGAGCAGAGAGUAACAGGAUUUUUGGUGGCCCUUUUUGUAGGUCUCUCCAUUGUGAUUGGAGACAUUUUGCGGCAAAUUCCGAUCGCUGUGUUGUUCGGCAUAUUCCUCUAUAUGGGAGUGAUGUCUCUUAAUGGGAUCCAGGUAACAGAACGCAUGAUGCUGCUAUUAAUGCCACCCAAAUACCACCCUGACCACACAUAUGUCCGCAAGGUGCGUACUCUACGCAUGCACCUGUUCACAUGUUUCCAGUUGGUGUGUCUGGCUGUGCUGUGGACUGUAAUGUCAACCGCUGCCUCAUUAGCCUUCCCGUUUGUCCUUGUCCUCACUGUGCCAUUCAGGAGGUUCCUGUUGCCUCGAAUAUUUACUCAACGUGAGAUGCAAUAUCUUGAUGCAGAUGAUGCUGAGCCGUCAUUUGAUGAGAGGAAUGGUCAAGAUGAAUAUACAGAGAUGCAAAUGCCAGUAUGACCUCAUUCUUCUCCUUUCACUACUUGGGCUGGUCUGACGUUCUUUUAAGGCAGUGGUGUCCAGAUGUACACCCUGUCUUUUUUUCAUCAAUCAGUUGUUUUGUUUUUUCAUGCGUUUCCCACAUUAUUUGUUUUGGAAAAAUAUAUUUAUAUGUUAAAGUGUUAAAUAUAUAUCUUUAUAUCACCUGUACUAUUCGUAUUUUAUCUUUUUAUUUAUCAGAGUUGAAAUGUAAUUGUGCUAUGCAUGUGUUAUAGAGGGGUAGAUGAAUGUAUGAUCUAUAGUAAGUUCAAAAUGGUACAGGAAGCACUUUAAGGUAAAUUUAAAAUGAAGCCUUUUUUACUGCUUAUCAAUACUUGUACUUCAUUGCAAGGUGAAAUAAUGUACUGCUAAAAAUUUACAAAAUAACUGUAAUGCACAUUAUAUAAGUUCAAUAUUUUUGUAACAAAACUGACAUAAUAUACAGCUUUGUGCUAUAUUCACCUUGAUGCAAAAGAAAAUCUAAAAGAACUGACAAACUAAACACUGGGUGCAAUCACCGGUUUAUUUGAAAGAUGAGAAGACGGAUGUUGUUCUAUACUUUUUCUCAACUAUGAAUACAUAUUUUGCCUGAAAUUGUUGCAUAGUUGUGUUGAAACAAUAUUUUUUCUCACCAGAGCACCAAAUAGGCCUAUGUGUUUAUAUAAUAAACACUAAGAAUCACAUAGUAGUUAUAAAGUAGUAGUUAUCAGCUAUAUAAAAACAAUUAUACUAAUUACUGUCAUCUAAUUAUUAUUACUAUAAUCAUGUGGUUAUGGUGUGGAUUUCAUUUAUUUAUGGUAGUGUCUAAGAGAAAAAGUGAAAAAUAGAUAAGGAUGAUAGCAAGUCAUGGUCAUUGUUAAGAAUGUUUUAAGUAAAUGUUGUAAGGAGUUCAAAAGGUUUAAUUUUAUAGUACCCCUUUUUUUAUUAAUAUUUUUAUGAUUUAAAUAUUACCUGACCACACUUGUGAAAUACAGACCUGUUGUUGGAUGCACUAUGUUUAUUUUUAUAAAGCAUAUUUUUAUCCUUUUCCAUAUGUGAACAUUUGUCCUUUGAGGUACUGAAACAAAAUGUAAUUUCAUGUGUCUGAAACAUACACAGUGCAGGGCUUUGUGAAGGCAAACAAAUGUUGAUUUGGUAUGUUGUAAUCCAAUUUCUUAAAUACAGUGCUUUGAAAAAGUAUUUGCUCCCUUCCUGAUUUCUUCUAUUUUUGUGUAUUUUUCAUACUAAUUUGUUUGAGAUCUUCAAACAAGAUAUAAAACAAAGGCAACCUGAGUAAACACAAAAAACAGUUUUCAAAUAUAUGUAUUUUUUAUUGAAGCAAAAAAGUUAUCCAACAUCUAUAUCACCCAUGUGAAAAACUAAAUUAAUAGCUGGUUGUACCACCUUUAGCAGCAACAACUGCAACCAAACACUUCCAAUAAUUGGAAAUCAGUCUUUCACAACGCUGUGGUGGAAUUUUGGCCCACUCUUCUUUGCGGAACUGCUUUAGUUCAGCCGCACUGGAGCGUUAUCGAGCAUGAACUGCCCGUUUAAGGUCCUGUGACAGCAUCUCAAUCGUGUUCAAGUCAGGACUUUGUCUUGACCACUCCAAAACUUAAAUUUAGCUUCUUUUGAGCCAUUCAGAGGUGGACUUACUCCUAUGCUUUGGAUCAUUCUCUUGCUGCAUAAUCCAGUUGCGCUUGAACUUCAACUCACGCACUGAUGACCGGAUGUUCUCCUUUAGGAUUUUCUGGUAUAGAGCAGAGUUCAUGUUUCCCUCAAAUACUGGAAGUCGCCCUGGCCCUGAAGAAGCAAUGCAUCCCCACACCAUCACACUACAACCACCAUGCUUGAUCGUAGGUAUGAUGUUCUCUUUGUGGACUUCUGUGUUUUAUUUACGCCAGAUGUAAUGGGACCCCUGUCUUCCAAACAGCUCCACUUUCCACUCACAGAACAUUCUCCCAAAAGGUUUUAGGAUCAUCAAGGUGUGUUUUGGCAAAAAUUCAGAUGUGUUAAUGUUAUUCUCGGUUAGUAGUGGUUUUCUCCUCACCACUCUUCCAUGGAUGGCAUUUUUGGCCAGUGCCUUUCUGAUAGUGGUGUCAUGAACAGUGUCCUUUACUGAUGCGAGAGAGGCCUGCAGUUCCUUGGAUGUUGUCCUUGGCUUUUUUGUGACUUCCUGGAUGAGUCGUCGGCCACUUCUGGGAAGGUUCACUACUGUGCCAAGUUUUCUCCAUUUGGAGAUAAUGGUCUUCACUGUGGUUCUUUGGCGUCCCAGAGCCUUUGAAAUAGCUUUAUGACCCUUCCCAAACUGAUGUCUUUCAGUCAUCUUUUUCCUCAUUACUUCUGUAAUUUCUUUCAACCUUGGCAUAGUGUGCUACUGGGUGAGACCUUUUAGUCAACUUCAUGCUGCUGAAAAAGUUAUAUUUAGGUGUUGAUUUGAUUGAACAGGGCUGGCAAUAAUCAGGCCUGGGUGUGUCUAGUCCAGUUGAACCCCAUUAUCAAUGCAGUUUCAUAGAUUUUGGGAUUUAGUAAUUUAAAAAUACUUUUUCACACAGGCCCAGUUGGUAUUGGAUAACUUUUUUGCAUAAAUAAAUAACAUAAUUAUUUAAAAACUGUAUUUUGUUUUUACUCAGAUUGCCUUUAUUUUAUAUUAGAUGUUUUAGAGUUUUUGAAACAAUUUAGUAUGAGAUAUUCACAAAAACAAAAGAAAUCAGGAUGGGGGCAAAUACUUUUUCAAAGCUCUGCAUUUGUGCCUCAUGUACAUUCCAGUCAUCAAAGUGAUAUUGAGAAUAAUUAUUUUUUAUAAAAUACAUCUCAGAUAUUAUCUGUUGUAUGUACUUGAAAUAGUGCAAAUGUGCAUUUUCCCCUGGUAAAACUGACAAAGAGUAUAUUCUACUGUUUCAUUAUGCGCACAAAUUCUUUAGUGCCUUUAGUUCACUUGAUUGUUUCUUUUGGAUACAGUAUUGCUUUCACUACAUAUAAUCCACAGUUGAAAAAGUGUCCUUGUUUUAGUGCAUUCUAGCACUAGGAGAGCAAGUUUAAAAGAUAAAAAUGUUUAUGAUUAAAGCUACACUAUGUAACAUUUUUUGUUAAAAAAUAACAAAAGGUUAUUAAUGAGAGAGUGCAACAAAAAUCCAUAUUCCAAACCAUGUAUUUACCCAAAUACACUUUGAUAAACCUAUAAUAAUGAUUUAUAUUUUAGAGCUGUCAGAACGGAUUUCACGGGAAAUUGCAUACAAACGUAAUUCGCCCGUGCGUGUUGACGUCAUAUCCAUACACAGAGAAAAUAAGCUCUUGCUACUGUAGCGUGUGUAUGGUGUGGGUGUAGCGUGAAGCUGAAAGUUUGUUGUCACAACGAAAAAGAAAAAUUGACCAUGGAUCAUUUAAAACGACAAAUCUCUGGGGAAUCACUGGUUAUAAAGACAAAGAAACCCCAAACAGAGCAGAGUCUACAAAGGGAAAGCAACAGAGUCUGUAAUAAAACCCAAAUCAACAGUGGCUUGGUUUCUCAGAGGUAGAGACAACUCCGAGAUCUGAAAGGAUUUAAAAGCGACCCAGAGAUGUUUUUUUCUAACUCAACAGUUAAGAUAUUUUAUUCAUAUGGUUUAUCUACAAUAAUUAUACUGUAAUCGGUGCAGAACUUUUCACUAGCUAGCACACAAGUGUUUUCCUUUAUAAUGGCAAUCAUUUAUAUGAACAAAUCCUUUAGUCCAAGGCUUGCCAAGGACAUGUGAGUCUUGAAAUGAUGUUGACCACUGAUUGGUAACAAUGACAAUCUAUAAAUUAGUUACUACCAUGGUCUAUUUGGCCAGAAUAUCCUGCAGUUAUAAAAAUUUUACAAUGUUUUGACCCUAUCAGACAAGCAAUUGUUAUGUCUAAUGUUAAUGAACAUUGCCUAACUUUUGUAACAUCAUUUAUUUCAAAACAUCAAUGUUUCCAAUAAGUCAAAACAACAGCAUAAGAUAUGGCACUUACCUGCUCACAUGACAUGUUUUCGGAUAUCCGUCUUUUCCCUUCUUUCGUUAUUUAUUUGUGCAUUCGCUUUGAUAAGAUGUCCUGUAUCCAUGUGUACACCGGUGCCUCGAACCACAUUCAUCCACGCAGAGAAGCAGAGCCGAAGCACAAACAAAACAAUGUUCAUCCGCAAGACGCAUGCAGUUUUACUUUUUAACCGCUAGAGGGCCAAACGUUACAUAGUGUAGCUUUAAUAUUGCAUUACUGUAGAAUGUAAAUGAUGUAGGCAUAUCUCUUUCUUUCCUUUCUGUAAAUAUUUAGAGUGCAGGCCCAAACCUAAUAAAGUAAUAGAAUUGAUUUUA